AUGAAUCACGAAGACGAUAAUGAUAACAUUCCAGAAUAUAAUGACGACUCAGAUGAUGAACUUAACAAUAAAGCUUAUAAUAUUCAAAAACCUGACUAAAUGGUUGCUAACCAUUCUUCAUUUAAUGACUUUAAUUUGAAAGAAGAUUUGCUAAGAAGUGUAAAAGAAGCUGGUUUUGAAAGACCAUCUGAAGUUCAAUAUAAUUGUAUCCCGAAUGCAAUUCAUGGAACAGAUAUAUUAUGUUAAGCAAAAGCCGGUACAGGAAAAACAGCAGUUUUUGUAUUGUCAAUUUUGAAUUAAUUAUCAGAUGAUACUCCUCCCUAUAGUUGUUUAGUAUUAUGUCAUACACGAGAAUUAGCUUUUUAAAUAAAAAACGAAUUCAAACGCUUAGGUAAAUAUACAAAUUUCAAGACAAGAGCUAUAUUUGGAGGAGUAGAUGAACAAGAUGAUAUAGCAAUUUUAAAGUAAAAAAAACCACAAAUUCUAGUUGCUACACCAGGCAGAUGCUUAUCUUUGAUGAAUAUGAGAAAUUCAGUUAUAGAAAUUAAAAAUGUAAAAUAUUUUGUAGUUGAUGAAUGUGAUAGAGUAAUGGAAAGUAUUAAAAUGAGAUCUGACGUUUAAGAGAUUUUUAUGAAAUUACCUUUAUAAAAAUAAGUUAUGAUGUUUAGUGGAACUAUUGCUAAUGAUAGUAAGAAAAUCUGUAGAAAAUUUAUGAAAGAUUAAUUAGAAAUAUUUAUUGAAGAUAAUUCUAAAUUAGUAUUACAUGGUUUAGAAUAGUAUCAUUUAAAAUUAGAAGAAAAGUAAAAAAUUCCAAUUUUAAUUUAAUUCUUGACUUAAUUAUCAUUCAAUUAAGUUAUUAUUUUUGUAAAUAAAGUGGAAAGAGCUAUGUAUCUUUCCAAAUAUUUGCAAGAUGAUAAAAAGCUAGAAAAUUCAGUUAUUUAUAGAACUUUACCUUAAGAAUAAAGAACUAAAGUUUAUUAAGAAUUUAAAGAAGGGAAAAAAAGAAUUUUAGUUGCUACUGAUUUAUUUGGUAGAGGUAUUGAUAUUGAAAGAGUCAAUUUAGUUAUUAAUUUCGAUAUGCCUGAAAAAUAAGAUGAUUAUAUGCAUAGAGUUGGUAGAGCUGGUAGAUUUGAAACUAAAGGAACUGCUAUUUCUUUUGUUUCUACUAAAGAAAAUGAAUAAGUUUUGAAAGAUAUUUAGGAUAACUUCUCAACUAAAAUAAGUGAAUAUAAUUUAUCGAAUAUUUCAAGUACUCCAAAGAAAUUAGAUAAACAAGAAUAAAAAUAUGAUUAAUACGAUUCUCCAAAAGCCGAAUUUUAAAAAACUUAAAAUUAAUAAUAGACAGUAAGCGGGUAAUUAAAAAGAUGCAUUCAUGAGGAUAAUUAACCAGUAGACGAAGAAGUAGAAUUUGUAUAAAAUACAUUAGGCUAAAACAAAAUAUUUAAAUUAUAAAUAAUUCAUAUGAAAAACGGUGGUUAGUAUGAAGGUGAAUGGAAAAACGGGAUGAGAGAAGGUAAAGGUAAACAUAUAUGGCCUGACGGUAGUUUUUAUAAUGGAGAAUGGAAAGAAGAUAAAGCCCAUGGGUAUGGAAAACUAAUUCAUGUAGAUGGUGAUAUAUAUCAAGGAUAAUGGGAAAAUGAUAUGGCGAAUGGAGAAGGGACUUAUUUACAUAGUGGAGGGGCUCAAUAUUAAGGACAAUGGAAAAAUGACCUUUAAAAUGGAUACGGGGUUGAGACUUGGCCAGAUAAUGCAAAAUAUGAAGGGAAUUAUUCGAAUGGGAAAAAAAAUGGUAAAGGGACUUUGUAUUUUGCAGAUAAAAGUAAGCAUGUAGGGGAUUUCUUAGAUAAUGAAAUUUCAGGAUAUGGAGAAUAUUAUUGGUAGGAUGGAAAAAUUUAUAAAGGAUAUUGGAAGAAUAAUAAAAUGAAUGGGAAAGGUGAAACUAUUUGGGUAGAUAAAAAAAGAUAUUUAGGGGAUUAUUUAGAUGACAAAAAACAUGGAUUUGGGAUUUUCGAAUGGGGAAACGGAAAAAAAUAUGAGGGCGAAUGGAGAAAUGGGAAAUAACAUGGGAGAGGAGGUGAAAAAAAAGAAGGAAUAUGGGAAGAUGGGAAAAGAAUUAAAUGGAUUAUUGAUGAAUGA